UGCAAUCUGCAGACUCCUCAGAGUUUGGUUUGGAUUCUUUGCUAAACACUUGCAGGAAUCAAACUACAAGAAGAACACAACUGUCAAAGAGAUUGUGGGAUUGUUUCUCAAAUAUGAAAUAUUUCACUUGGAUUAGUGCUCUCUCAUUCCUGUUAUACUUUUCAUUGGGGACAGCAGAUUACAGGCAAAGAAGACAAAUCCCAGCUCAGAGUCUGACAGGUGUGUGUCGCUAUGGCAGCAGACUGGAGUGUUGCUUUGGCUGGAAGAAAAACAGCAAAGGCCAUUGUGAAGCUCAGUGCGACCUGGGAUGCAAACAUGGCGAGUGUGUCGGUCCAAACAAAUGCAAGUGCUUCUCUGGAUACAGUGGAAAGACGUGUAGUCAAGAUCUGAACGAGUGCGGUCUAAAGCCUCGACCCUGUGAACAUCGAUGCAUGAACACGUUUGGCAGCUAUAUGUGCUACUGUUUAAACGGGUACAUGCUAAUGCCCGACGGAUCCUGUGCGAACUCGAGGACGUGCUCUUUGGCUCAUUGUCAGUACGGCUGCGAGGAGGUUCAGGGAGAGAUUCGCUGUCUAUGUCCUUCUGCUGGUCUUCAGCUGGGACCUGAUGGAAAGACCUGUGUCGAUAUUGAUGAAUGUGCAACUGGCAAAAACCAGUGUCCAUUCAAUCGCCAGUGUACCAACACGUUUGGAAGCUACUACUGCAAAUGCCAGGGUGGUUACAAUCUCAAAUAUGUCAAUGGCAAAUACAGCUGCGUUGAUAUAAAUGAGUGUGCUGCCAGCAUACAUAAGUGUUCUCACCAUGCAGAGUGCAUUAACACACACGGAUCCUACAAGUGUAAAUGCAAACAGGGUUUCCGUGGUAGCGGAUUCGACUGUUCAGUCAAGCCUUUUUAUCACAGGUCCUGGGAUGCUGAUAAAGGCAGUACUCAUGAGUUUCUCAAUGCGAUUCCUGAUGCCCCCAACAAGCUCCGUAUUCUGGGGGGCAAAUUUGACAACACCAUCCCAGAGUCUGUGGUGACCGAGUCUCCAAGACAUCACUUGCAGCCCUUUGACUAUGGUGGCGAGGUCUACGUCAGCCCUUCAGAGGAAACUCCAGUAUUUCCUGAGGAAGAGAAGUUUUACGAUGAGGAAGAUGAGGAGGAAGAGGGAGAAGACACGGGAAAUCAGCUGGAAGGCGAGGAGCUGAAUGCCAGAGAUGUUUUCUUUCCAGAUGACUUUGUGCCUGUUUAUGGUCCAGACACAGAACCCAAAGAGAUUCAAGCAGCACCACUGAGGGAAAGGUUCCUGACCGACUGUAAUUUUGAUCACGGUGCGUGUGAAUGGGUUCAGGAUAAUGAAAAUGAUAUGGACUGGACCAUCAAGUAUCAUGAAAAUGGAAGAGAAUACUACCUGGCUCUGCACGGUCUUAUUGGCAACAGGAAGGAGCAGGCGAGGAUGAAGCUGCUUCUGGAUGAUUACAUGCGUCAGAGCAUCUUCUGUCUUAAAUUCGAUUACCGUAUCCUGGGACAGAACAUGGGCGUCUUACGAGUGACGUCGGACAGAAGUGCCUUUGCCAUAUGGGAGAGAAGACAGAGUCACAACCAGGAUUGGCAAACAGAAAAUAUUACAAUCACCUGGACAGAAACAGCUCCAGAAGCGCUCAUCUUUGAGGCCGAGCGGGGAAAGUCAGUCACCGGAGAGAUCGGACUGGAUCAUGUAGUUCUCUUCUCAGGACCCUGUUCAGAUGAUAAAGUCUUUUAAGGACACUGCAAAGGACAUCGUUUUGUGUUUGUGUAUGUGUGCCCUUUCAAAUCAUAUUGACAGCAAUAAAAAAAGACAGAUUUUGCUGUUGCUCUCAUGAAAAGCAUGUAAUAACUGUAUAUGCAUAUGAAAAAUAUGAUGAUACAUUCACGUAAGUGUUAUUAAUGUUAUGUUCUUUUUUAUUUUGGUAUCCCCUUUUCUCCCCAAUUCGGAAUGCCCAAUUCCCACUACUUAGUAGGUCCUUGUGGUGGUGCGGUUACUCACCUCAAUCCGGGUGGUGGAGGACAAGUCUCAGUUGCCUCCGCUUCUGAGACCGUCAAUCCGCGCAUCUUAUCACGUGACUCGUUGUGCAUGACACCGCGGAGACUCACAGCAUGUGGAGGCUCAUGCUACUCUCAGCGAUCCACGCACAACUUACCACACGCCCCAUUGAGAGCGAGAGCCACUAAUCGCGACCACGAGGAGGUUACCCCAUGUGACUCUACCCUCCCUAGCAACCAGGCCAGUUUGGUUGCUUAGGAGACCUGGCUGGAGUCACUCAGCACGCUCUGGAUUCGAACUCACGACUCCAGGAGUGAUAGUCAGCAUCAAUACUCACUGAGAUACCCAGACCCCCAUUAUUGUUAUGUUCUUAAGUUUUCUGAAAGGUUUGUAGGUAGUUACCAUUCACUAUUUGUAUAAUUAUAUAAACAUUGUAACGCUAUAACAGCUGUAAAGUUUGCUUUAAUGUUGCCUUACAUUAAAAUGUAUU